CGACCGCCGGGGCGCAGAGCCGGGACGCAGGGCCCGACCGCCGGGGCGCAGAACCGGAGCGCAGAGCCCGACCUCCCGGGCGCAGAGCCGGGACGCAGGGCCCGACCGCCGGGGCGCAGAGCGGGGCCGGCACCCGAGGACAUGGAGGAAAGGCCGGCAGACCCCAACACCAGCGUGGACAACUCAGCGUCCCCUUCGGUGGCCCAGCUGGCUGGGCGGUUCAGGGAGCAGGCAGCUGCUGCAAAAGAGACACCAGCCAGUAAGCCAGCGAGAAGGAAACCGCCCUGCUCCCUCCCCCUGUUCCCGCCCAAGGCAGAGCUGGGCCAGAAUGGCGAGGAGAAAUCCCUGCCCAACGCGAGCCACCCCCCUAAAAUCAAGGUGAAGAGCUCGCCCCUGAUUGAGAAGCUGCAGGCCAAUUUAGCCUUUGAUCCGACAGCCCUGCUGCCUGGGGCCUCGCCCAAGAGCCCUGGACUCAAGGCCGGGGGGUCCCCGUUCCAGAGUCCGCCUUCUACGCCCAGCAGCCCCGGUGUGCGGUCUCGGGCCAGUGAGCCCGAGGAGGUGCCAGUCAGCUUUGACCAGCCUCCCGAAGGCAGCCACCUGCCCUGUUACAAUAAGGUGCGCACAAGGGGCUCGAUAAAGAGGCGCCCUCCCUCCAGGCGAUUCCGAAGGUCUCAGUCGGACUGUGGGGAGUCCGGAGAUUUCAGAGCCUCAGAGUCAUCCCAGGAGAAUGGUGCCCAGGAAGAGAAUGGGGAUGAGGUGUUCCCACCCAAGAACAAGGCCCCAGGACCCCCUGCACCCAGUGAGGGGACCGUCGGGGAGGAAGUAGUGGGGAACCUGCGGUCCCUGGAGAAGACUCCUCUGAGGACGCCCAGCAGGACAGAGAAGCAGGAGGAGAAGGACAGGGCCACGGAGGAAGGCCUCGAGUGCAGGAAGGCUGAGAGAUGGGGGGAGGAGGAGGCCACGGAGCCCCAGGCCGCCAGCCCAGAGGCAGAGAACGGGUGUGGGAGCCCCACGGAGGAGAAGCCCUCUGGGGAGCUGGCAGACAGGCCUGCGGAGAAGGAGGCAGGGAGAGCAGGGUGUGAAGAGGCUGAGCCCACACACAGGAGCUGGGACGCAGAGGGGCCCGAGGGGGAGGCCUCCCAGAGCACCCCUGGAGGAGUGGGGGAUGACCACACCCCUAAGCAGGGGGACGGCGAGGAAAAGCAAGAGCACGGAACCCUUCCGGAGCCAGGCUGCAGCCACGGGAGCCACACCCAGCUGGAGACCAGCAGCGAGGUCCCCAGGGCAGAGGACAGUGCCCCCGUCCAGGACACUAAAAUGUAAAGAAAUGCUCCUAGUGCCUAGUGACGAAGCGUCUGGAGACGUCUCUUUGGAAGUAACAGCAAUAAUAGUAGCAGCAGAUGAAGCCAUUGCAGAAGCAGAUGUGGGGGGUCUGGAGCCAGCCUGAAUACACAGGAUGCAUUAUUCCCAUGCCUGCACACCCAGUGUCCCCUGUAGACUGGAUCAGAGGGCAGCAGACUUUUACCAGUUUGAGAUUGUGUCACUUGAAGGACUUAGUUUAAAAACAAAAAACUUAUUUAAAACAAUUUACUGUGGUGACAACUGCCCAGGGACACUGGUCAACCUGUGGGGCCUGGACAUGACCCACACCCCCAUCCUGCAGCUGAUGUUGAAACUGGAUUCUGAUUGAGCUUCUCAGAUUUCGUUUGUGUAAAGGGAUAGCCUUUUUACUGUUCUAAAGCUUUUACAGUUCUCAAAUGUAAGUAAAAACUCAUUUCAGGUGUCUAGAAAUGAAAGAAAAUAGUAUUGCUGAAAAUGUAAGUCCUGUAAGUUACAGAAGACCUUAAAUUGUAUCAAGAACCUGAGACAGCCUGUCAGUUGGUGACCUGGCCAACCAAUUUAAAACAAUAGGCUAGAAGAGGUAAUUAUUGAAACAUUAAAAAAUAUAUAUCUCUUCCAGCAAUAGCUGCUCUUUCUGCCCUGCAGUUUUCUAGUGGGUGACACACCAGGCGGCUGGCUCAGCUCACCUCCCGGGGCCAGGGAGGAGGGGGAGGCUGGGAGCAAGGCCCAGGCUGAGACUGAAUGCAAGGAGGUUUCCGGCUCUGCACGGAUGGGACAUGGGAACCCUGCUGCCUUCCGAUUUAUCCUGAGAUGGUAGAGUUGGCACUUCCAGGAGGCGCCCCUUGAGCGUGCAUCAGGUAUUCCCUGGGCGGUGCUCUGAGCGUCCUGAUGUGCAGGCUGCCUUAGGGAAACACCCCUCCCAGGUUUGCUGGGAAGCAGCUCUUGAAUGGAAGCUCUGCCUGUCCUUCCUGACCAAGGAGGAGGGGGUUCAUCUUCAGUCUCUCCCCACUGGGUAGCCAUCUCACCUGAGGGUUUCAGCCCUGGGCAAGUUCACUCUGGAUUUGGUGAGACCGAAAAAUAGCAAUGGAAAGUUCUCAGGGGGUAAAACUGUUUAUACCCAGUUUUACUCUCAUGGUGGCCAGUGAAGAGCUCGAAUCUGGCCUCUGCUCUGCUUUGCAUCGCUGCAGACCUGGGCAGAGCUCUUCCUGUAGAGUCAGUGAGAGCCCGCUGCCUACACUGUGCCAGCCUCCGCCUGCCAGCAUUGCACGUGCGCAGUGGGCGAGCAGACCAGGGUCAGGGGAGGAUCCUGGCCGCGGAACUCCCAUUUUCUCUACAGUAGCUCUCGCCUUAAUGUUCUGUUUGGAGGGCACAGGAGGACUUGCAAGGAAAAGGGCCUUGACUCCCCGUCCUUUGACUUACAGCCUCUCCCCGCUUCCCUGGCUCCUGCUGAAAGAUGUUAAUCCAAGUAGAUGUUUAACCCUCUGGGUGGUUCUUUUUCAGAUGCGAGUAUCUCCCUAUCUCCUCUGCUGAUCUGGUGGGUGGAGUGGCUGUUUUCCGGAGGCCUGGAGGCCACACCCUACCCUGACUUAGAAAAUAGUCUCCCUAACAACAAGGCCUUAUGUCACCACUGGUACCUCAAUUUUCUCAUUGCAUUUACAGUUUUCCUAACUCCAGGACAGUGUUCAUAUCUGAGAUACGUAUUUUUUCAAAACUAUUUUGAAUGCAGUGCAUCGUCUAAAACAUGUAACCUAAUUGAACCCCAAGCUAUAAUAAGAGUUGUUGUUAGCAGAAUUUGGGAGAUUUGUGUGUGUCAGUUACUCUGAGGUCUAUGUCAUGUCUAUCUACCAUCUAUCUUUCAAGUAUCAACAGAGAUGGAAGCCCCUUAAGCAAUACAUGGUUUAUGUAUACAUGCCUUUGGGUUGUUUAUACACACACCCCACCCCCCAGGCAAGAAUGUAGUGAAUGGGUGCAGGGUUGUGAGCCUGUGGGAUGAGACGGGGAAAUCUACCACUUUCCUUUGUCUGACAGAGGAUUGAACAGAAAGUGCGGUUGACAGAUGUGGAAAUAAAGCUCUGCUUUUCUUCUG